CCAUAGCCAUGAAUAGGCUGGCAUUGCCUGAGUUGCCUCUUAAACCCAAUUUUUAAAAACCCAAACUUUGCUAAGUGUCAAUUGCUUACUCAAAUCAAAGUUCACCACUACUCAGUUCUUAUAGCUAUACUAUUAUAUAUAUUAUAUAUCAGCCUAUAAACUCACCACCAAAAACAACAUCAUCAUUGCAUCAAUAAUAAUCUGUCCUCUUUUCGUCUAUAAUUAUAUUCCGACAUUUGUUUAUGUAUUCAAGUGCUUUGCAUGCUUUCCCUUAAACCAUUUUCCUCUUAUCCGGGCUUUUUUGUUCCUUAAUCCACACUUUCAUUCCAUAGAUUUACGCCACUUCUGUUUUUUAUUUCGACCCUUUUUCUUAAUCUAUCCAAACUAAUCAGAGUUCAAAACACGAGGCUUCGUUUUCCGGUUCUGUGAUUCAGUUUGUCUCCCUGUUUCUGGGUAUAUAUUUGUAAACAAUUUUGUUGCAGGUAAGGUGUUUGAUUGAGUAUCUUCAAAUAGAAAGCUUUCUGGGUUUUGAUCAAGGAAAAGUCAAAGCUUAUUGGUCGACCUUGUUCUUUAUAAAAGAGCAUACUUGAGUUACAGAACAUUUGAAUCAAUCCAUCUAUUUAUUUUGGUUGAAAUAGAACAAUUGAAGGAAGAGUCUGUCUGUGAAAGAACACAAUACUAAGAAAUGAGUGGAAGUUAUUCUUCAGUUUUGAGGACUACUUCCUUACAAGGGUUAAUGAGUUUGGAGGAAAAUGAGGAUCUGCAAACAGCUUCAUCUAUGCCUACAAUAACUCAGCCAAAAACACCCCAUGAACCUAUGGAGUUCUUAUCAAGGUCAUGGAGUAUUUCGGCCUCGGAAAUUACCAAGGCUCUUGCUCAGAAACAGAAGCAAUUUUCUAUUGACAAGAAUCCUGAUACAAUCAGGGAAUCAGGUCUUCCACCAAUACCAGGCAAGGGUGGAAAGUCUGCUUACACAAAGAGCAUGGAGUCAAUUGGAAAAUUGUUCCAAACUAAGGAGACUAGCCCUAGCAUACUGAAGAAGAAAGACAAAGCUCGGAUAGAAAAUGCAAGAGUACAUUCUGCCCUAUCUAUUGCUGGACUUGCUGCAGCCUUGGCUGCAGUGGCUGCAGAGGAAAACUCUGGUUUCCAUGGAUCGAAAAUGAGGGUGGCAUUGGCAUCAGCAACAGAACUUUUGGCUUCGCAUUGCAUUGAAAUGGCUGAGGCGGCUGGAGCUGAUUAUGACCGUGUGGCUUCAGUUGUUAGAUCAGCAGUGGACAUUCAAAGUCCAGGUGAUCUCGUGACUCUUACAGCAGCUGCUGCAACUGCUUUACGGGGUGAAGCUGCUCUGAGAGCAAGAUUGCCAAAAGAGUCGAGAAAGAAUGCUGCAAUAAGUCCUUUCGAAAAAGGAAUGACUGAAAAUAAGCCACAAGCUGUUUCUUGUAGUCCAAUGGAGGAUGAAAGUUCUCUGUUUGUAGGAGAUUUGUUACAAGUUCUACCCAAAGGAGGUUUACAAUGGAAGCGUGUCACUAUCCACAUCAAUGAGAAUUCUCAUGUCAUAAUCAAACUAAGAAGUAAACAUGUUGGAGGAGCUUUCUCCAAGAACAUCAAAUGCAUUGUUUAUGGAGUCUGUGAUGAGAAAUCGGCAUGGCCAUACAAAAGAGUAAGGGAUAGUUCAGAAGAAGUUAGUUUUGGGCUCAAAACUGGUCAAGGUCUUAUGGAGUUCAAAUGCAAAAGCAAGACUCAUAAGCAGAGAUGGGUUGAUGGGAUACAAAGUCUUCUUCGUAAAAUCAGCUCCAAUGAAGAGAGUGAUUUCUCUCUGGGAUUUAGUUACAGUAUGUGAUUUCACUUGUGUAUAUAUAUAUAAAUAUAUGUGUGUAGAACAAAAAGUUAACACACAAGAGAAAGAAAACAAAAAACCACAUUCAUGUCAUACUUCCUUUACAAGGAGAGAAGAGUCUGAUCAUUCUACAGCAACAAAUACAAUUGGAAAUCACACAAAUUUUUGCAUGUUCUUAUAAUGUUGAGUCACUUGAAAAUGAUGAUUCUGUGUUUUUUUUUCUUUGGCUUGAUAAAUGCCUUAGCUUUGCCAACGAUUGAAUCUGGCUAAGCUUUUUGGAAUAGAUGAAUAAUAAGGCCAAGUUGUACCAGAAUCAGAUAAAAAUAUUCAAUUGACUCGUGUAUGCAACAUCGUUAUCCUUUUUCUAAUGUAGAAUAAUUAGUAAAAAUAGAUUAUUUAUA